AGAAAAGUCCCAGUUUCCAGUUGGCCUUGAAUGUAGCGUAAUAAUACGAGAUAUGCCGGACGGUAUUUUGAGCUGACUUGUCUUGGGCGUGAAGCUGUACGCGGUAAAUAUAUACUUAUUACAAACUACUACAUGAUGGCUGAACAUAAUGUUAAGCUUUGGGGAGGAAGAAUCCCAAGAGAAGUCGUCAACAUGGCCAAACACUUGAAAGAUCUGGAUAAACAACUCUUCAGACGAAUACUUAAAGCUGUUGUAAAUGCAUUGGAUGGCAAAGCGUGCAGUGGGUGCAUGGCAGAUAUUAUUGAGGAUAAUCUCCUUUCAGAAGACAAGCUUAGCGACAUUGUGUCAGGCAUGUAUGAGCUACUAAGGGAAGCUUUACGUGUAUCACCAUCUUCAGUGAAAAUAGAGAGCUUUGAAGAUGAUCUUCAUGAUCUAAGGAUUUUUGAGGAGUUCAUUGCAGACAUUUCCGGCAUUGUCUUUGGACAUGGGCGGCCAUCACUUGAUGCUUCUGGUGCAAAGCAUGGUUCAACAUUGCCUAAAUUAGAAAAAGUCAGAUGGAGAGUGGAUGUUGCAAUUUCAACAAGUUCCUUGUCUCGAGCUUUACAGCCAACUGUUAUAUUGCAGUUGACACUUUCUGAUGGGAUUCUUCAUCAAUUUGAGGUUCCUGUGUCCAAGUUCCAGGAGUUGCGGUACAAUGUUGCACACAUUCUUAAAGAAAUGAAUGACUUGGAGAAGCGAAGUGUUCUCAAGAUCAAAGAUUAUCAUUCAAAUUACAUUACCAUUAAGUGAGCAUAAUGUUACAUUUAUUCAGUAAGAAAUCUAUUAUUGAUUGAGUGCUUAUACAGUACAACAGUUCAUAUGAUUAAAUUACUAUGUGUUUGAUGCCUUUGGAUAUCCAUUUUACAAACUGCAAUAAAGGUGCUUGCUUUUAUUUUUUUUUUUUUCCUUGGGCAGUGUUGUUGCUUAAAAAAGUUAUAUUUACAUCCAUGCAACAUAUACAGAAUAUUGUUUAAACACCGUGUGGUUCAACACUGGUAAAUGAAUUAAAAGGCCAAUAUCAAAAAAUAUUUUUUUCCCUUUAAUUGCAUUCAGUGUUAUAUAUGUAUUGUUGGUACAAAACCACAGACUUUGUCUACAUCACAAAAAAUAAAUUUGACUAACUCAACAUCACAGCACAAACAAACCACAUACUGUGCCUUGUAAAAAGAUUUAACCCCUUUACAAGUCAUCAGAUUCAUCUUGAUUACAAAUGACACUAGCAUAGAUUGUUCCAUACAAUAUUUUUAUUUUUAAAAAAUGUGCGUUUAAAAUACAUUUUUUAAAUUUAAAUUUAAAAAGAUUAACAAGUACAAUGUUCUGGAAUGGCCACCAAAGUCCCCAGACCUGAAUAUCAUUGAACAUCUGUGGGGUGAUUUGAAGCGGGCUGUCCAAGCUCGGCAACCAUCAAACCUAACUGAACUGGAGAUGUUUUGUAAGGAGGGAUGGUCCAAAAUACAUUCAUUCAGAAUCCAGACACUCAUUACAGGCUAUAGGAAGCAUCUUGAGGCUGUUAUUGUUAUUUAGGCUCUACUAAAUAUUGAUGUGAUUUUUGGGGUGCCCAAAUUUAUGCACCUGUCUAAUUUCUUUUGAUGCAUAUUGCGCAUUUUCUGUUAAUCCAAUAAACCUCAUUUUACUACUGAAA